AGAAAAAGAAGACUUACGUAAGUUUCAAUUCGUAGCAAACUUCAGGUGUUUUCCAAAUUUAAAAAUCAUCAACAUAAAUGUCUAAGGUCCAAAGUGGUUAUCCGUUAAACCGUUAAAAAAUGAAUUUUAAAUGUUAUUGAAUACAACUAUUUUAGAUUGAUUAAAAAUUGUGCUUUUGAUUGUUUCCAAUAUGAAAAGUACUACUUAUUAUAUUUGCUUUUAUUUAUAUAUUGGUUUAAAUACCCAUUUAGCACUGAGUAACUGGAUUGCAGAUAUUGGAAAAUAUCUUGGUUACUCUCAACAACAAAACAAUGGCGAAGGAACUGAAAUAUAUCAACAGAGUAUUCCUUAUGAAGUGUCUACCACUGAUGAAAGUUUUAUAAAAGAAGCAGCAAAAUUAACGGAUCUGGCUUUGUCGGAGUUGGACACUUGUCAGCAUAGGGUAGUUCUAAAGUUGAAAUCCGAUUGCGAUAAAUUGAAUGACGAGCAGCUAGCUAAAAUGGCAGUACAUUUAUUGAAUUGUCAAUCAUGGGUAGAAGGUAGACCAAUAUAUCCUUGCACGGAUGAAAUGUCAAUCAAAGACUGUACUAUAUCUAUGGAUUCUGAUACUUGGACAAGCUACCACUUGAUGAGUAACAGAGCUAGAGCAGUUUGUUACACAGUCCGACAGAGUCAAUUUCGUGGUUUGGCAGAACAUACUGUAAAUCGUUUAAUGGAUGCAGCUAGAAAUCAAUUGAAUAAUUUAGAAGGUAUUUCAAGCAUGCAGCAAGGAUUGAAAGAUUUGGCCGAAAGAACUUACACCACCCUUAGAGAAGGACACAAAAAUCUGUUUGAACAACAAGAUGACAUGAGAAAGGCACAAUUCACGGGUCAGUUAGCUAUUGAAGAUAACAUUAGAAGACUCGCAGACGAGAAAAGAUUGAUAAGAGAAACUCAUGACAGUUUGGUUUUCAUGACAAAAUCUGUGCAAAUGAAAUUGGAAGAUUCGCUAAAUCAGUUGCAAGAUCAGUCCGAUGAAAGUAAAAUUAAUCACAGAGAAUUAAUUAAUGAUUUACUUGUUAUUCAAGAGAAGACCAAAGAUAUUUUUGAAAGAAUAGAGCAUACCUCAUCUUUAUUAAUUCAACAAAAUGAGGAUUUCAACCGCCAAUAUAAAUCAACAUUUAAAAGUCUCGAAGAAAUGAAUCAAACUGUUAGUGAUUUGGUGGUAUUAGUAAAGGGGACAUGGAUAUCACUAGAAGAAAGACUUACAUGGAUAGUGUCUGCUUUAGGUGGAACAGAUACAGCUAUCGAUAGAAUAUAUCUGAUUAUCUGGCACUCUGCUUUUAUGUUAUUAGCUAUGUUAACAUGUGCCUUUUUGGCUGCCAGGGCCAGUACUAGGUUUAUCGUAGCUUUAUUACCACCAUUAAAUCUUGCUAUUGCUUUACAUGGAGAGUAUCAAUAUUUAGAUUUCUUGACUUUGAUUGGAUCAAUUGUAUUGUUUAUAAUAGGACAAACGCUAAUUCAGUGGACAUCUUCCUUUAAAACGACGUUUUCUGGAGCUAUAACUUGGAAAAAAAAAUCUCAAGUGUGUCAGUUGAACCCAUCAAAUGUUAAUCAUACACCUCCUAAACUUCAUUACCAACAUGUGCACACUCCUGUGUACAGUGAAGAUAAUAAUGACUACGAAAAUGAAAACACCGAUACCUUGUCAGAAUUCAACAUGACACCUCCAGCAUCAAGAAAUGGAGAUUACAUUCCUAGGUCUGCAUCUAGAAGUAGAAGUAGAACUCCUUUAAUUCUAAAUUCAAGCUUAAGGAGUAAUUGUUCAGCUACUACUAGGGCUGGUACUCCUUGUAAAAUUACGGCAAUUCCUGGACGGGACUUUUGUUAUAGACAUUUAGGAGGAAGUUCUGUGGCUGGGUAGUGAAUACACGUUAAAUUUUUUUUAUUUUUAAUUUAAAGUGAAGAACAUAUUUACGGAAAGACAUGAAUUGUAUUAUUUUUAAUAUAAAAAUAAUGUAAAAGUGUUUACAUUUAGCAAUGACUAAUUUUAAUCAAAAUUGUCAGUGGGAGCGGGUUCCUACAAUUAUUGAAAUAGCUACAAUUAAUUUCAUUUCUUAUAAUUAAACAAAUAAUUAAUACAAAGUGAAUGAUAAGAAUCGGAAGUUAACACACAUGAAACUUAUUUACAAGCUGUUGUUACUAUAUCCGUUGGUUACAAACUUAGAUCUAACCAAAGGAUUUAUCCAAUGCAUAGGGGUCCAAUCAGAACCGAAGCUUCCUAGGAAAAUUCAGCCGUGACACAGCUAUUAAACCCAUCAGAUUUUUUAAGACCUGUGAAUUCUAAACUGACCCAGGCUCCUUUUCAAUAAGUUUUAAAAAAUAAAAGGUUCAUGACACUAGAAAUCGUGCUACAUUAAGUUCAAGUUCAUGCGAAGACUAAAAAUAUAUCGACAUAGAUAAAAACGUACAAACUGUAUCCGAUGCUCGGCUUCGGAUUCAUACAUUGCAGUUCGUUGGCCAAAUUCCGUUCACGACCAGAAAAUAUUCAAUAACAGUGCUUUGAGAAGGCAGUUUGAAGAAGGUCAUAUGAUGAGUGUAGAAAUAGUUGUUGAAACAUGUAUUUAUUUUUUUCGAUUUGAAUAUAUUCUUUUAUCUAUUA